UUGGGGCGGGCUGCUGGCUGCUCCCAGCUGCCGGGACUCCACAGCCGAGCCCUAGGGCUGCGGCGGCUCCCUGCGCGCGACCCGGCGGGCCCAGUUCGGCCGCGGGGAGCCUGUGCUGCCUGUUUGUCCGUCCCGGCGGAGCCCAACGCGAACGCCUCGUGCCCGAGCCGGGCGGGGGCCAGGAUGCGGAGCUGAGCGCCUUGAGCCGGCCCCAUGACCCUGAGCACGUUGGCCGGCCAGAAGAAGGCGCCCCCCGCCUGCACCUGCAGCCUCGGUAGCCCCGACAUGAUCCCCUACUUCUCCGCCAACGCGGUCAUCUCGCAGAACGCCAUCAACCAGCUCAUCAGCGAGAGCUUUCUAACUGUCAAAGGUGCUGCCCUUUUUCUACCACGGGGAAAUGGCUCAUCCACACCAAGAAUCAGUCACAGACGCAACAAGCAUGCAGGUGAUCUCCAACAGCAUCUCCAAGCAAUGUUCAUAUUACUCCGUCCAGAAGACAACAUCAGGCUGGCUGUGCGACUAGAAAGUACUUACCAGAAUCGAACACGCUAUAUGGUAGUGGUUUCAACUAAUGGUAGACAAGACACUGAAGAAAGCAUCGUCCUAGGAAUGGAUUUCUCCUCUAAUGACAGUAGCACUUGUACCAUGGGCUUAGUCCUGCCUCUCUGGAGUGACACCCUAAUUCAUUUGGAUGGUGAUGGUGGGUUCAGCGUAUCAACAGAUAACAGAGUUCACAUAUUCAAACCUGUAUCUGUGCAGGCAAUGUGUAUAUCUUUCAGGUCUGCACUACAGAGUUUGCACAAGGCUUGUGAAGUGGCCAGAAUGCAUAAUUACUACCCAGGCAGCCUGUUUCUCACCUGGGUGAGUUAUUACGAGAGCCAUAUCAACUCAGAUCAGUCUUCAGUCAAUGAAUGGAAUGCUAUGCAGGAUGUGCAGUCCCACCGACCCGACUCUCCAGCUCUCUUCACGGACAUACCAACUGAACGUGAGCGAACAGAAAGACUAAUUAAAACCAAAUUAAGGGAGAUUAUGAUGCAGAAGGAUUUGGAGAAUAUCACAUCCAAAGAGAUACGGACUGAGUUGGAAAUGCAAAUGGUGUGCAAUUUGCGAGAAUUCAAGGAAUUUAUAGACAAUGAAAUGAUAGUGAUCCUUGGUCAGAUGGAUAGCCCUACACAGAUAUUUGAGCAUGUGUUCUUGGGCUCAGAAUGGAAUGCCUCUAACUUAGAGGAUUUACAGAACCGAGGGGUGCGGUAUAUCUUGAAUGUCACUCGAGAGAUAGAUAACUUCUUCCCAGGAGUCUUUGAGUAUCAUAACAUCCGGGUAUAUGAUGAAGAAGCAACAGAUCUUCUGGCUUACUGGAAUGACACUUACAAAUUCAUCUCUAAAGCAAAGAAACACGGAUCUAAAUGCCUGGUCCACUGCAAAAUGGGAGUAAGCCGCUCAGCCUCCACUGUGAUUGCUUAUGCAAUGAAGGAGUAUGGCUGGAAUCUGGACCGAGCCUAUGACUACGUGAAGGAAAGACGAACAGUGACGAAGCCCAACCCUAGCUUCAUGAGACAACUGGAAGAGUACCAAGGGAUCUUGCUGGCAAGCAAACAGCGGCAUAACAAGCUCUGGAGAUCUCAUUCAGAUAGUGACCUCUCAGACCACCAUGAGCCAAUCUGCAAACCAGGGCUUGAACUCAACAAGAAGGAGAUCACCACCUCAGCAGACCAGAUUGCCGAGGUGAAGACCAUGGAGAGUCACUCUCCCAUACCUCCUGUCUUUGUGGAACAUGUUGUCCCGCAGGAUGAAAAUCAGAAAGGCCUGUGUACCAAAGAAAGAAUGAUCUGCUUGGAAUUUACUUCUAGGGAAUUUCAUGCUGGGCAGAUUGAAGAUGAAUUAAACCUAAAUGACAUUAAUGGAUGCUCAUCAGGGUGUUGUCUCGGUGAACCGAAAUUCCCUCUCGACAACUGCCAGGCAUCCAAAGCCUUAAUCCACUCUGGACAGGCCCCAGCAAUGGCCAACAGGUUCCCAGACUUAGCAGUGGAAGACCUGGAGACGGAUGCACUGAAAGCAGAUAUGAACGUUCACCUACUGCCUAUGGAAGAACUGACAUCUCGCCUGAAAGACCUCCCCAUGUCUCCUGAUCCUGAGUCACCGAGCCCCCAACCCAGUUGCCAGACUGAAGUCCCAGAUUUCAGUACAGACCGCAUUGAUUUUUUCAGUGCCCUAGAGAAGUUUGUAGAGCUUUCCCAAGAAACCCGGUCCAGAACUUUUUCCCACUCAAGGUUGGAGGAACUGGGUGGAGGCAGGAGUGAGAGCUGCCGACUGGCCGGGGUGGAAGUAGCCCCCUCCGAAGUGACAGCCGACGACCAGAGAAGCAGCUCUUUGAGUGACACUCCCCAUGCAUCUGAAGAAUCUUCAACAGAUGAGGAACAGUCAAAGGCAAUCUCAGAACUGGUCAGCCCAGACAUCUUCAUGCAGUCCCACUCAGAAAAUGCAAUUUCAGUCAAAGAAAUUGUCACUGAGAUUGAAUCCAUCAGUCAAGGAGUCGGACAGGUUCAAUUGAAAGGAGACAUCCUCUCCCACCCAUGCCAUACACCAAAGAAGCACACUGUCCAUGAGCUGCCCCCUGAGAGGGCCCAGGCCCCAGAGAGCAGACCUGGAAAUCAGAAUGAGGGUUCCUGCACAGCCCAGCCUGAACUAGGCAAAGACUCGGGGAGGGGGGACCCAGAAGGCUGCCUGACCACACACUCCUCCACUGCAGAGUUGGAAGAAGAGGAACCAGCUGAGGGGGAACAGGAGCUCUGGGGCCCAGGGAUGCACCCAGGUGCCAAGUGGUGCCCGGGUUCUGUGAGGCGAGCCACCUUGGAGUUUGAGGAGCGCUUGCGGCAGGAGCAAGAGCAUCAUGGCACUGCUUCUGCUUGUACCUCGUCCACGCGCAAGAACUCCAAGCAUGAUUCUUCUGUGGCAGACCCAGCACCAAAAGGGAAGAGUGACGAAGCCACCCUGGAACAUUCAUUUGUCCCCAAGGAACUAGAGAUGAACAGGGGCAAAGGGAAAUGCAGUGGGUCCGUGGCUGGCUCACUACUCCAUUCGGAGCAAAACACCAUUGUUACAGCACUGGAGCUGCAGGAAUUGCAUGCCUCACCAGGUCCUCUUGAGUGCCCAGGGUCAGAUACUAGAACGAAGCAGGACGGAGUCCUGAAGGGGCAGAGGACUGUGGUUUCAUGCCAGGGAUCUGAGACACAGGCAGCCCCUCUUCCCCUUCCCAAGGAAGUAGACAUCAUUGAGUCUUCCCACACAGUUGUGUUGCCCAGUAACACUGGGCCAGGGAGUGAAAGAGCCCCCAGUGGAAAGGGUAGGGAGCAGGGACUGAGGGAAGUCAAAGUGGAGAAUUCCAACACUGUCCUCUGUGCCCUGGAUGAAAAUCUGAACAGGACCCUGCACCCUGACCAAGUUUCUCUGAGCCCAGAAGUGCUACCUCCGCCUCAUUCUUCUGAGCACGACAGGCCCAUGAACCCAGCCUCCACCCUGAGCAGCCCCGAGGACUGGGGCAACAGCCUGUCAGCAGCCCUGGAGACCACAACAGCUUUUGUCAGCCACUCAACCCACGUACCGUCGGCCCACUCAGAUUACCUGUGUCCCCAGACAGUGGUUCACCUGGAAGGCUUCACAGCACAAAGCAGCACCACAGACAGCAAGCCCUCCACAGAGCAGGAGAGCUGGGAAGGAAGUCAGGAGGGUCCCUGCCCCAGGGGCAGUGAAGUGCAGUAUGAGGGCUCCCAGUUACUUAGUGAAGACCUAAGUUUAAUUAGCAAACUUGGUGACAAUAUUAAGGAAUUACAAGAAAAACUGGACCCAUCCCCUGUAGCCUGUCAACUCCCACAUCGCUCCGGUAGUGACAGUGCCCAGGGUCUCAGCCAUAGCCCCGGUGUGGUGAAGGAGCACACUGAAGAAACUGAGUCCCAAGUGACUCACCAGGUAGGGCUCAUAAAACCAUCUCAAAUGAGGCGUUCAGCUUCCCUCGCCAAGUUGGGCUACUUGGACCUUUGUAAAGACGGUUUAUCUGAGAGGGAGCCUGUCUCCUCUGAGUCCCCUCAUCUCAAACUGCUUCAGCCCUUCAUCAGAACAGACUCAGGCAUGCAUGCCGUGGAGGCCCAGGAGCCCCCAGAAAGCCCACGUGUCCCCCAGAACCUGGAACCCACCAAGUAUUUUAUAGAGCAACUCAGAACGACAGAGUGCAUUGCGCAGAGCAAGCCAGUGGAGAGGCCCCUUGUACAGUAUGCCAGGGAAUUUGGUCACAGCCAGCAGUGUCUGCUCCCCAGGGCAGGACCUGAAUUGACUAGUUCUGAAGGAGGCCUUCCUUUGCUGCAGACCCAGGGACCGCAGGGUGCAGGCCCAGCCCCAGGGCUCACUGUGGCACCCCGUCAGCAGCAGGGCAGAACUCACCCCCUCAGGAGACUGAAAAAAGCAAAUGAUAAAAAGCGGACAGCCAACCCCUUCUAUAAUACCAUGUGAUUCUGAGCCUACACAUGUGACUUUCUAAAAGAAAUGUUUGUAAAAGGGACAGGUGUAAUAUGUAAGGAACAUGCACUUUAUUGGUUAAUUUUAUAAUAUUUUGGUCAUUUUACUGUUCCUGGCGCAUGCAGGGUUUGGGGUUUUUCCUCUAUGUAUGUGAGAGAGAUUGAUUUGGACAGCAAGACCAUUGUACCUUUUUUUUUUAGAAAAUUCAAACCUCAAAAAAUACUCAUUUUCAAAGAACACCUUUAUCAAAGGCAAAUUGCUGUUUUUCAGUCAAAUGCCACCUGCUCCUCAUUUUGCCCUCAGAAAAGGCAUGCUUGAGGAAAGAAGCAGGUGGGGAGGGUGGGGUGAAGCCAGAAAUUGGAAAUACUCCCCCAGGCCUGUGUGACGAUGGGCCGCAGAUGAACAGCAGAUGAGCUGCAGGGCCGCUGUGUCAGAGUGCUCUCAGCCUGGAGCCCCGGCCCAGCCCAGCCCACUGGAGUUCCUUACGUGGACCAAUUCUGCUUUGCUUUCAAAGGAGAUCUUCCAGAAAAUGGGUCUGGGUAUUCCAGAUGUCACCAUUAUAGAAAGGUAUGAUAACGGCUGGCUUUGUGAACUUACCACGCAAAGAGUCUUCUCCCCAAACAAAUAAUAUUUGAAUUCAAAGCGAACCCCAAAUGAAAUCUGAGAGGUCCUCUGUAGAGGAAUGUGUAUGAGAAGGAGUUGGUGAAGUCGGGGGUGGAAAGGCCGCUGCCCCAUAGUUUCCGGGUUGGGGGCUCCACACAGGUGGUCAUCCUGGCCCUCCCUGACAGGAAGCAUGUGUGCAGCAUCCUCCCAACUAAAACACAAUAGGGGUAAGUUUGAAAAACAGCAAUUGAAAGUCAGUGUGUUCUUGUAAAAUGGAUACAUAUGUAGGGAUUAAUACGUCCUUUACUUGAAUUACUCGGUGGGCCUUCUGAGUUCAGUGGCCAUAUUUUUUUCCAAUUUAUUCUCCUCCCUCAUGCAGUUCUCCCAGUGCUGCCUUUAUUUUUUAAUUUUAUAGAUGAUAUUUGAAUUGUUACAUACAUACGUAUAACCUCCAUUGAAAGCAAAGGUUUUUUUUAUAUUAUCACCGUUAACACUUGACCUAAGUUUUGUUUCCUUCUUUUCCUGGAAGAUUUGUCAUUUCUCUACACACAGUAUUUAUGUACAUAAUGUCAUCACUUUGUUACAGUGUUUUGUUAUUGAUGUUGUAGGGCCUUUUUGAUUUAUUCUUUUUAAGGAGUAAAGCUGCAACUGGAAAACAAAUACCACAGAAAUAAAAUUGAUGGGCGUUGGUAGGAAUCUACGGAGAUAUUGACAGUGGUUUUGUUUAAUACAGACUUCUAAUCACCAGCUCCUGCCAAAUUAUGUUAGUAACUUCCUCCUCAGAGGAACCCCUAAAGGCUCCCAUUAGCUCACAGUUUGACUGACAGCUCGUUUCUCUUCGAGACCGAAAUCCCAGAAUGGGUUGUUUGCCAGUAGCUAAACCACAGCCAGGGAGAAUGUUUGAGGGUUGCUGCUUCCUCGGGGUGGAACCUCCUAAUGGAUUAGGCUAAAAGGCUGCAGGGGGGGCUUGGCCAAGGACAGGCGCCCUUCCUGUCUCCAUUCAGGGAGCAGUUGCUUUGCUGCUAUUGUGGAGAUCUUAACAGAGCAUCUGCCACAAACAAGCCUAUUUCAGCUUCUUACGAAAAACAUUUAGUCUGGAAUGAAACACCCUCUGCAGCUCAUCAAAACUGAAGAGGUUUGCAAAUUUGCUUCCUGUUUGCUUUGGUUGAUGUCCACAUUGCUGGGAGACUGAGUACAGACUUGAGAUGUAGGUUUUUGGUUCAUCACAGCUCUGAGAGGAAAAAACAGAUGCACAGACUGUCCAGGUGAUACCAGAGGCCAGAGUUUCGUAGGGGCAGGUAGUAGCGUGACCCAAAGGAGAGAGCAAAGGUGGACUGAGGCCACUCUUAGGUGCUCAAGAGGAGCUGUGAAUCCAGUUGCCAUGUGGAAGCCGAGGUUGGGUCUGUUGUCACUGCCAAGUGGCAGAUGGGACAGAAGCCUCCUGCUAUAAGUGUCUUUAGAGUGUAGUAAUUACAUGUACUUGUGCUGUCCCUAAAUAGUUUCCUUAAAUGUUCAAAUGUGUCAUGCACACAGCUUUGUGAUUCCUGGAUAUUUAAUGUGUUGUAAAGUGUUUUGUUAAAUGGUAUGUACCAGUGUGAGAAAGCUUGCAAGACGGGGUUAUGAUCUCCAGGGCUCAUCCAUUCAAUCUGCCUCUGUCUUAUUGAGACAAUUCCACCACCAGUGUGAUGGGGAAAGGACAGGGAAUUGUAGGGGUGGAGAGAGGAGGAUUUGCAUGGAGGUUAAGAGAGUGGUGUCCACUCACAUUAACCCUGAGAUGGUGACAUUUCUCACAAGAAGCAGAAGUACAAGCAAGACGGACAGCAUUGCACUGUUCUCUCUCCCCACUGGCCACUGUGUUUAAUGCUCAUUCACUGCAUUGAAUAACAACAAAGAUGGGGAGGAAAUCCUUUAAUGCUGUGAACUAAAACAAAAAAAUGAGUUUUUUUAAAGCGUACAGGAAAUGGUCUUGCUCUGCUGCCUUUUUUUUCUUAACUGCAUUUUUUAAUCUAAUUUGCGAGCCUGAAUAAACACAGGGUCUGUAACUCAACCAUGCCAUGGGGUUUUGCCAGCCAUCUCAAACUCACACAGCUGAGCGUCUUGUUAUUUACUUAGGUUGAACAGUGUCCAGGGGAAGUGCAUGACGAGCUAUCAAGGACUUCUCAGACUUUCUUCUCUUCAGACUUUUUGAUAAUCUCUGGUAACCUAUUUCCCUUUUCUGUUCAUGGGUGACCCAAAACCAGAACAGCUGGCCUGAUAAAUAUCUGGGCAGAGUUGAGUAAGAAAAGUCUUGACCUCUUGGUCAGUACCUCUCUAUUUUAGAAACCACCAGCCUGACUCAGCUAUUCUGGAGGGGGUGCGUGGGGGUGGGGUGUGUGUGUGUGUGUGUGUGUGUUUGUGUGUAAGUAUAAACAUACGCGUGCAUGGGGAAAAAAGCCCUGGAAGUGCACAGGUUUUGAGCUGUGAUCUGGAUGGUUACCUGGUCAGUAAGGAGAGAAGCCCCAACCCUUUCCUGAUUUUAGGAACACUUAGGAGCGGUGUGUACUAUGGUAGAUAAGUAACACUGGAGUACAGUAGCAGUCAUCUCAUUUUGGUUGCCUUUCAGAUUCUGAAUGUUUGGGAUCAUUUCUAGCAUCUCGACCUCUUCAGGUUAUUUAUCUAGCAUUUUCCUGGUUCUGUUCCUUUAUCUCAACUCUUUCUCAUUUUGGGAACUACCAAGAGCUCCAAGGACCGUCUGAUGAUGACACCCAGGCUCUGGGGUCCGCCCCUGCUAAAGGACCCCUGACAGGUGCCGUUGGAUAGACCUGACAUUUCUGCGGCAGAGUAGCAACAGAAAUAUUCACCUGUUCCACCUGACGAUUUCAGUUUUGAAGUGAUAUAGGCAUGUUUGGUAAAAAUAUUCUUGUGGGAGUUGUUUUUUAUUUUGUUUUUAAGAAAGCAUUAUGCAAAAAGGGUCACUUUUAAGGGCAUUUAAAAAUUUUUUAAUAAAGCCAUUAUUUGGCUUUUUGACAACUAUUUGUGGAUACUUGUUUACAUUGUAAGUAUUAAAAUGUGCAUCGUGUUGACUGCCGCCCCGCCUACCCCAGGCGCCCAGCCCUGACUGUCGUCCUCUGAGUCCUCACACCACAAGGCCCCAGUGGGCAGCCCUCAUGAGGAAACAGGGAGACUUGGAACUGACUUCCGUCUGUGUCCUGCACUCCCAUCCAACACUCUGUGUGGAAAUAGCGGUCAUUUCCUCAGUGCUGGUGUGUCUUACAGUGAUGAUUGUAAUGGUGAAUGGCUAGUGUUUUUUAUUUUGUUUUGCUUUUUGAUGGUAGAUGAGAUGAAAUUUUAGCUCUUUCAGCACCAAUCCAACUUGAAAGCAUCUUGGACUUUGUUUUCCCUUCCAAACCAAAAGAUCAAGGCAUAUGUCAGGCAUAAAUGUAUUUGCUGCCUCAACUCAUCCAAUGCCCAUAUUAGGAAAAAACCUUCAACCAAAGCAGGAAGCUGCACACUCCUAACCCUUCUCCCAGGGCUGGGGGGCUCUUGAAGCCUUGGAGAGCCACUGAAAGGUAUUCCUGUACUUUUCCAGCCUGGGAGCAGAGGGUGACUGGGCCUGGCUCCUGCUAAGAGCACCAGCCUCAUUUUCUCAGGUCCCCAGAGAUCUAGGACAGGAUUUCUAAACUGGAAUCGUCCCUUGCUGGCUUGAAAAUGCCCCAAGGGGGGUGUAUUACUAGUGCCGCCAUCUGUGCCCACACAGUAAUGCUGGUGGCAGCAUCCUGUAUACACACGCAGGGCUAAGACCCAGGGCUUCACUCGAGCCAGUUGACCCAGUCUGAAAACUUGGGUGACUGGCCCAGAAGUGUUUCCCAAUCAGCAAGUCCACAGGGAAUUGUUUGGUUUUUGUGUUUUAUUGGAUUUUGGUUUGCUUGGCAUAACUUAAGGUGCCUUUUCUUUUUUUCUUUCUACUUUAUUUUGUAGGGCUUGUCCUAAAUGUGGAAAACAAGUCCAAAAGACUCUCCCAUUGACUGUUACCUUUGCCCCAGGCCACCCCAAACUUUUAUGCUCACAUUUUAUUAAAUAAAGCAGGUGCUCCCUGGAAUCUCUGGGACCUUUUUGAGGCAUUUGAAGCAGAAUAUAGAGUGGUCUCAUCUCCUUCCUUAAUCUUCAUGAUGGUUGGGAUGUUCCACUUGUAUCAUAGAUUUUUUUUUUUAUUACUGAUGUGCUCUGCUGUUUUUAAAUGUGAACGUGUGUGCAAAUGUGCAGAUUCAAUGUUCUUGUUACAGAUUGAAUAAAUUUUAUUUUGAAGAUGAAA